ACGCCAAGGACUAAACAGCCACCCCGAGCCGGGCAAGCGUCUUCUGCCGGACGUCGCGGAAACACUCUUUUAACCGCCUUUACGGACUUCCGGUGUCGGGCGGGCAGGACUAUGCGGCCAGGUGUGCUGCAGGUGCGCAGUGGCCUGCAGGUCAAUUAGCGGCUAACUAGGACGCCUUCACCGGGGGAGAGGGGGCUUCUCCUCGCCUGGACGCCCGCGGAGCCGCGACGUCUCUCGGCCCGCAGGGGAGCGACGAGACAUGACGGCCGAGGUGGACGACUCGGAUUUCAGGAGAGUUCCCGAAGUGGAAGAGGACGCGAAUAAAGAGGUCGGAAAGGAGACUCCGGACCAAGGAGACGAUGACGACUGCGAAGACGAGAAGGGGAGAAAGACUGAGUCAGAACCUGCGGAAAAACGGAGAAAGAAGAGCACACCCGGCGUUCAAAAACGAGAGAAAAACAAGCUGGACCACAUCCUCUGCCCCCCCGCCCUCAGGAAGUCCAGCAACCCCGAGCUGGCUCCCGGUCUGAGUCCGGCUCUCAGACUGAAGCGCCACCUCAGCGAGGAGGGGAACAACAUAAGGAGGCGGAGCCUGGGAGGCGGUCUCACAGGAAAGUAUCUUCUGCUGCCCGCCCACUCCCAGCCCACAACGUGGCAGCCCUCAUCCUCAUCUGAGACCUCCAACCUGGUCCGCAUGCGCUCCCUCAACCUGGGCAAGUCGGACCCCUCCCUGACCUCCAGCCCGAAAGAGCUGAGUCUUCCCAGAAGAGGCAGUCUGUAAGUAGCCCUGCUUUUUUUUUU